CUAGCGCUUCCGGCUGCGAGGCAGGCACCGUGCAAGUGAGCAAGGAGGCGGUGGCGAGAUUUGGUGCGAGGCGAGCAUAGCGUGAAUCCCUCCGGGCAGGCCGUCAGACACAGCCCUUCCUCCGCCAAAAUACAACAGCAAAGGAGGCAGCUCGCAGGAAGACAUUCAGGAGAAUCUCUGAGUCAGAAACUAUGAGGCGCGUGGUGCGACAGAGCAAGUUCCGGCAUGUCUUUGGACAAGCGCUGAAGAAUGACCAAUGCUAUGAUGACAUCCGGGUUUCCCGUGUCACCUGGGACAGCUCCUUCUGUGCUGUAAACCCCAAGUUUGUUGCAAUAAUCAUUGAGGCAAGUGGAGGUGGCGCCUUCCUUGUUCUUCCUCUCCAAAAGACGGGAAGAAUUGACAAGUCCUACCCUACAGUGUGUGGUCACACAGGACCUGUGUUGGACAUUGACUGGUGUCCGCAUAAUGACAAUGUUAUAGCCAGUGGCUCUGAAGACUGCACCGUUAUGGUGUGGCAGAUCCCAGAUGGUGGGCUAACCUUGCCCCUCACCGAGCCUGUGGUGGUGUUAGAAGGACACUCCAAAAGAGUUGGCAUUGUUACAUGGCAUCCAACUGCUCGUAACGUACUGCUCAGUGCGGGGGGUGAUAAUGUCGUCAUUAUUUGGAAUGUGGGCACUGGAGAAGCACUGAUUAAUCUGGAAGAUAUGCACAGCGACAUGAUCUACAGUGCUAGCUGGAACCGGAAUGGCAGCUUCAUCUGCACGGCCUCAAAGGACAAGAAACUGCGUGUGAUUGACCCUCGCAAAAUGGAAAUAGUAGCAGAGAAGGAUAAAGCUCACGAAGGUGCCCGACCCAUGAGAGCAAUCUUUUUAGCAGAUGGAAAUGUUUUUACUACAGGGUUCAGUCGUAUGAGUGAGCGUCAGCUAGCGCUAUGGAAUCCGAAAAGUAUGGAUGAGCCAAUUGCACUACAUGAAAUGGACACAAGCAAUGGAGUCUUGCUACCAUUCUAUGAUCCAGACACCAAUAUCAUCUACUUAUGCGGAAAGGGUGACAGCAGUAUUCGGUAUUUUGAGAUCACGGACGAGUCCCCUUAUGUUCACUACCUCAAUACGUUCAGCAGUAAGGAGCCACAACGAGGGAUGGGUUUCAUGCCAAAGCGGGGGCUGGAUGUCAAUAAGUGUGAGAUUGCCAGGUUUUACAAACUACACGAGAGGAAAUGUGAACCCAUCAUCAUGACUGUGCCCAGGAAGUCUGACCUCUUCCAAGAUGAUCUGUAUCCGGACACAGCUGGGCCCGAAGCCCCCAUUGAGGCAGAAGACUGGUUUGAUGGGAAGAAUGCAGACCCCAUCCUAAUUUCCCUGAAGCAUGGAUACAUGCCAAGCAAGAACAGAGAACUCAACGUUGUCAAGAAGAAUAUCCUUGGUAGCAAACCAGCAGGCCUGAAAAAAGACUCUGCCAGCACCCCUAAAAAGGCUGCAGAGGCAGCAAGUCCUCCUAGUGAUGGCAAGAUGGAUGAGCUGAUGAAGGAGGUGCGAUCGAUGAAAGACACCAUCAGGUCCCAGGGUGAGAGGAUCUCAAAAUUAGAGGAAUUAAUUGCCAAUCUCACCAACAAUGACGAGUCAGAGGAUUGAGUAGCCCAUGCUCCUGGUUGAGCUGGAGGUGCCCACUGCCAGACCACAUUCCACUCAUCACUUCUUCCCGGGCCCAAGCGAUGAUCAGAAUACCAACACAGACUGUAACCAUCACUCCCAGGUUAACACAGAGACUUUACACCAGCCCCUUCAACCAGGUGCCUCCAUGUAAAAUACUUUUUUUGUGCCAUUUCAGGAGUUUAGUAUGCUGCCAGUAACCCAACUCCUGAAGUGUCACAAUCGACUGAUUCCCCAACACCAUAAGUGAGCCUCACAGGGGAGUGCGUUUAAAUGAAGCCUCUGGUUAAAACCAACAAACUUUAAUUAAAAGCCAAGAUUUUUACCCUCAUCGUUCAAGUGUUACAUGAUAUUUACCAGUUUCCGAGAUCAGUACAGUACUAUUUUCCCCUUUUUUAUUUUAACAUUUUGUUUCUGAUAUUUUCCAGAGUAAAAGGGGGGGAUGGAAAGGAUGGACCAAUGCCACAAUUUAUAUUAUUUUUUGCCAAAAAUGUGUAAGGUUGCAAUAUUGGGACCAUGCAUCAUAUAGUAUUUUUAUUUUUAAUGUAAAAGAGCAAGCACUGUGUUACACUGUCUGGAAUCGCAAGAAAAAUAAUUACCCAUAAAAGCUUCAUGAGUUUUAUAUAAAUCUUUUUCCUAUCAUUGUGCAGAA